CCUCCAAGAUAGAUUCCCUCAGGAGUAAAGUGGACCUGCUGCGUCUACCGUUGGUCCUUUCCACAAAGUCCAUCGGCAACCGCAAGAGCCAAUUGAGCGUGGUCUGGGAGAAGGGCGGCGGCUCAGGGACGGGAGUGGCACGCAAGCUCCGCCCACCGCCGGCCUCCGACAUGGACAACGAGUCAACGUAUUCCGGCUAUUCCUACAAGUCGUCCCACUCACGUACCUCCCGCAAAAACAGAGAACGAAGGGAUCGGCAUCGCUUAAAGAAUCGGGAUGGCUCCCUUCGGGCAGAUAAAUCUGUGAUGAUCCAGGCCCCGGGGGAACCGCUGCUGGAUCCUGAGUCCACUUUAGUAGACGACAGGGAUGAUAACUGGGGUGAGACCACCACUGUGGUCACUGGUACUUCUGUGGACAGUAUCUCCAAUGAGGACCUGACUCGGGUCUCUAAGGACUUGGAGGACUCCUUACCACUCGACUGUCGCCGUUACAUCAGCCCGGCUCUAGGAGCCAUUUUGGGACUCGUCUCUGUGAUCACUCCUUUGGCGUUUCUUGCCAUUCCACAGCUCCUUUGGCGGGACACAUUGGACCCUUGUGGAACACCCUGUGAAGGCCUUUACAUUUCUCUGGCCUUCAAAUUGCUGAUCCUCCUUAUCUCCACGUGGGCAUUGUUCCUCCGCCCCCCCAGGGCCACCCUGCCACGUUUCUUUGUCUUCCGCUGCCUGCUGCUGGCCCUGGUCUUUCUCUUUGUAGCGUCGUAUUGGCUCUUCUACGGUGUGCGGGUGCUGGAGCCCCGAGAGACGGACUACAGGGGGAUCGUAGGAUAUGCUGCAUCUUUGGUGGAUGCGCUGCUCUUCAUUCAGUAUCUGGCUCUGGUUCUACUGGAGGUCCGACACCUGCGACCCGCUUUCUGUCUGAAGGUUGUCAGGACCGCCGAUGGAGUCAGCCGAUUCUACAACGUGGGGCAUCUUAGCAUCCAGAGGGCAGGAGUGUGGGUUCUGGACCAGUACUACAGUGACUUCCCAGUCUAUAACGCUGCAUUGCUUAACCUCCCUAAGUCCAUCCUUACCAGGAAGAUGUCCUCCUUCAAAGUCUACAAUCUGGAAGACGAGAACCCCAACAACUCCACGGGCCAGUCCAGAGCCAUGAUAGCAGCCGCCGCUCGCAGAAGAGACAACACCCACACCGAAUACUACUACGAGGAGGCAGAAGUGGAGAGGAGGGUCCGCAAGCGCAGAGCCAGACUGGUGGUGGCGGUAGAGGAAGCUUUCACCCACAUCAAACGUCAUCAGGAUGAAGAGACGCCCGCAUCCUCUCCCAAACACCCACGGGAGGUGAUGGACCCCAGGGAGGCCGCCCAGGCCAUCUUCGCCCCUAUGGCUCGGGCCAUGCAGAAGUACCUGCGGGCCACUAGGCAGCAGUCCUAUCACACCAUGGAGAGCAUCAUCAACCAUCUGCAGUUCUGCAUCACACACAACAUGACACCCAAGGCCUUCCUGGAGCGCUACCUCAGCCCUGGCCCCACCCUCCAGUAUUUGGAUAACAACAGGGGGCGCCAGUGGACACUAGUGAGCGAGGAGCCCGUUACGGCCUCCCUACGCCAGGGCCAGGUCUUCAGCCUGAAACGCCUUGACUUCGCCCUGGUCAUCAAGGUGAUGCCGCUCCCCUUCCUGCGCUUGGCUGAGGAGUUCAUCGAUCCAAAAAGCCACAAGUUUGUCAUGAAGCUCCAGUCAGAGACGUCUGUGUAGGAGGACGGAAACAGCUGGGUAGAAGAAAAGAGGAAGUUGACAUAUGCUUCUUAUCCAGGGCAUGUUUUUAUGUCCUUUUAGUCUUACAGUGUUAUUUUACAUGGUUCUUAUUUGAUGUGUUCAAAUACAGAGCCAGUGUGGUUUAAACUGCAGGGAGCCAUACUAAGUUAAAAAAAGAAAUGGCCUGUUUUUUUUUUUUUAAAUGCAGUCAUAGUCCAGUUUCCUCUGGUCAAAGUUUGUUAGUUUCAAGAAAGAAACAAAGAUACUUCCUUGUCUGGGUGCUGUUUAUUUUUAAUAAUGUGCUGUGGGUGGUGGCUUCCUGCUUAAUAGUGUAGGACACUGUUCCUUAGAAACAUUUUCUAUACAAACAUCAAAGAGUUUGAGACUGGAAAAUUUUUCUUAAGACUUUAUUCUAGGUCUUGUUUUUGUACUGCAUAAUUGUAUGUAUGUAUGUAUGUGUUUUUUUUUUUUUUUUUUUACAGAAUGUAACAAACCUUUCUUACCACCUCUUCAAAAAUCCUACAUUGCUAUUCCAGGCUUCUAUUUCAGGCUUUUUGUCUGGACAGAUCUCGGUUUCUUUAUUUCCAUUAGUUUUUUUUAGUUCAAACUCAAACUUUGAGCUGAAAAGCAGAAUCAAGCAACAGAAAAACUAAACUCCCCUUUCUCACUUUUAAAACUAACAUUAGAGUCUGAAUCAAAUGGGAUCUGAAACAUUUUGCUUUAGCAGUUUUGCUUUCUCUAAAUAGCUAAAAAAUUCAUAAUUACUUAACUUCCACAGGAAACAUUUUUGUGACACUACAAUGUUAACAAAUGUUGUAAAUGAUGUACUAAUUGCUUUCACAGAACUUCAGUAGCUUCCAGGUAUGCUCUGAGUAACAAUAAAUUGCUGGUAAUAUUAGGAUUUCAAUCUUUAUUUCUAUUACACGUAAAUGCUGCCAGUGCUGUACUUUUCUGCAGCUUAGGUUAGGGUUGAAGCCUUUCUUGGAUUUGUGGGUAUAGAAAUACUGGACUGUUUUUUUUAAGGGCAUGGUUGAUGGUACAGGUUGUUUUUUUUUCCAGGUGUAGUUUGAGGGAUCAAAUAUAUGUUUUCAGUAUCUUACCUGCAGAAAAUGGCAGUCGCAGCAAUCUGAAAAAUCAAGCAUGAGUGCAGAUUUGAAAGUGAAGCUAUAACAAUGUGGUAGUUUAAGGGCAAAUAAAAACUCACACACAAGCUUUAAACUUUUAUAGUAACAAGAGCAAAUGCUAAACAAGCUCAAACUUCUUAUUUUUGCUGCUGGACACAACUGUUUGUUUAUGUCUAGGGUUUGAGUUGUUACAUUAAUAGCACAGAGGCUGCCAAAUGCUUUGACGUGUACAUAAUCUGUAACCCCAAUUGUGCCAGAAUGAUUCCAAAACAGCAGCUAAAGGCAGUAAAAUGAAGUGAUUUCUAAAGCAAAUUGGGCUUUUUAUCUGAGGAGACCAGAGGACUGCCACACAAAAUCUGGGGGACUCAGUUUAUCCGUCACUAUGAAUGCAAAUAAUGAUGCAAACAAGAAUAUUUCCCAGUUGAGAAAAUAACUAAAUAAAUAGUGGUUUGGUAUAGAAGUACAAAUCAAAUUUACAUGGUUUAUCUAUUUGGAAAAUUUGGAGUUUUUUAAAUUGUGUUCUGAGUUUGUUGUUUUACUGACCAAUAGGAACCUUUCUCACAUUUUAUACACUGACCGCAGUGAACUGAAGGAAACAUUCUGACUACUUGUGAGGAUUCCACACAAACUUAUUUAUUAAAAACAACAUUACAGUGAUGAGCCAAGACCCUCUGGAGUGCAAUGAAUAAGUCCCCUCUAAGGCAAAGAAAUAAGACUGCGUGAAUGUGCCUUAUUCAACAUAGUCAUUUAAACUCCUCAAGAGUUCAGAAAUGAGUGCAUUUCAAAGUUGCCCUUUUUACACAUUUUGCUAAACGUGUGGUAAAAUGCUGAAUUUUUGUGAGCUCAUCUGCAUGGUGCUUAGCAUGCCCGUCUGAAUAGCUUUAUUGGGGGUGCAGCAAAUGCAUCAUUAUGCUGCUCAUGAUUUGUUCCUGAAUUAUUUUUCUCUCUUUUACGCGUUCAAACACUAAAAGCCUUAACAUACCUCUCAGCAUCCAUGAAUGUAGACCUCUCAGAAAAAAACACAGCAUUCAAUAGGAAAACAUUGUUUUCAUUACCGCCUCAUAAGGGGAGAUAAUGUACAGGCUUUUGAAAUGGCUAAUCAGAGAAGAAGAAUAAAAUAACCAAAAACAAAUAAUAACAAGACUUUCUUAGGAGAUGUCUGCAGACUUGUUUUAGUUUUUUUGUUACUAAGUGACAAACCAUUAGAACAGAAAAAUGGCAGCUCUCUCCUCGACCUGUAUUUCACAAAAACAGGUGUUUUUUAGUCUUCUGCACAUGGUCUGCCUUGUUUACUCUGUCUCCUAUGUUUAUAACUCCAACAUGUGACUGGGAGUGUUGUUGUUCAUGUCAGCGCCCUCGUUCAGUGAGGUAAAAACAAAAAAAUUGGGGCUCCAAACUGACGUCUGCAGACAGUAGGAGUGGAUGGGUACAGAUGACAAAAUGGACAUCACACAGGCUUUGCAGACUUGUUCAGUGGACUGGAAGAGAUGAAUUAGGCCAACAGGACACAUUCACAAGCACGUAUUUUGCAUAUAUCAUCCUAUCACUCGUUUAAUUAAAUGCAAACUGUCACAACUGCAAAUAAAUAAUUUACAUCUGUAACUGUUUUGCCCUUCAGGGUGGAAGAGGAAAUAGAGGAAUGCAAGCAUUAGUUAAAAUUAAACAGCAGUGCUUUCAGCAAUUGCCCAAUUCCUGCUUCACCACGUAGUUUUGAGUUAUCAUGCAAAACGACUGCAAAAGAGGAAAUGUUUCUCAUCUAUCGUCUGAAAUGUGACACAAGGUUUCUCGGAUCUGCCUUUAAAAGACACGAAUGAUUAUAGAGUUUAAUUCCCCAGAGAAUGCAACUUUUACUCUAAUUUAUACAGAUGUUCUAGGGUUAAUACAGAACCCAUAGACAAAAAUCUGAGAUAUAAUUAGUACUAUAGCAGUGGGACAACUAUGAGCUGUUUGAAGAAAAACUCAAAAAUUAUACACUGGAACAAAAAGUUAGUUGCUCAUCUUAACAUUCUCGUACCUCAAAUUAUUACAUACGAUAUUCUUAGUAAGACUUGGGGCUUGAACACUGCAUUUGAGUGGUUUAGGAGAAAAGGAAGUGUGGGGGUGGGCUGAUUUGUGCUCUUGGUGUUAUGACGAGUUGGGGGGGCUGGGAGUGAGGCUCUCUUCCUGUGUUUGUGUGCAUUGAUUCAUACUGAAAGAAUUUUAAGACUUCUGAGUUGUGACCAGGUGUCUAAUAUCCCUGUUGAAUUAUGGAUAACACAACCAAGUGUAAAUUGGAAUAUUUCCCCUUUCAGCUUUUAGGCUGCCUGAAACUCUGAUGGUACACCAUCUGCCAACAAAAUCUGCAUUACAUUUUAAGAGCUUCAACCCUAAAAUAUUAUUUGAUAGUGUCAUUAUUUUAAGCUAACUGAUCAAUAAAUAGUUAAUACAGUGUUUUGCCGUCUGGAGUAAUAAUAUUUUGGAUGUCGAAGGAGGUCACUCUCUCAGAUCUGUCCAGCCAUGGGUGGUAAAAUAUGUGUACGUUUUUGCUUUCUUUUUUAUCACUAGGACACGAUACUGUGCAUCCUGAAAGUGUAUCUACUGCAAUGGUUUCUAACUUCCCUUUUUUCUGUCACUUUUGUAUCUGAUAAAAAUUCUAACAAACUUC